UGCGCACUUCGCUCGUUUGCCCAUGGCGGCCAUCUUGAAGAGGGAGCAGUUGCCCCUACGACUGCUGCCGAGGUUUUGGACAAUUUUCCCCUUCAGGAGAAAACGUUCGUGAAUCUCUCACAGAUCUAAUUGUUGCAGAAGUAUUCGUGGUUGAUCAGGGCAAGUUUCAGUCUUAUUACUGCAUGUUUUCUUUGUGAAACACACUUUAUUUUGCUGCGGCUCCAGCCCAGAAUCUUUGUCAUAUGGAAAGCCGCCAUGCUUCUCUUGGGGGUACUGCAGUCUGCCAUUCAUAGGAAGUGUUUCUACAUGUAAUUCUUGUCAGAGCGUGUCUUAAAAGACUACUUGAUUCUUUUUACAUUCCCUGCACUCUGUAUCUCGUUCGAGGUAGUGCUGAUGUAGGGGGCAACAUGUCAAGACUGUAAACUGCAAUGAAAAACAUCUUAGUAUCAAGCCACUAUUGAUCAUUUGUCAUCCCACUAAACUACAACACACCUGUAAGUGUAAUUAUUGUAAACAAACACCAUGGCUGAGAAGAAGUCUACCGAGACUGUGAUUCAAGCGGCAAGUACCACUACCGGACUGACCGACCUCGGGAUCCCUGGUGGCGAACAGUUGCGAGAGGCUCUCUCCACGUGCACGGAUCCGAUCCGAGCGAUCCAAGAAUUCCAGGAUGAGAACAGCAUCCUCCUGCCAUCCCUGAAGCCGGCCCUGCCAUUACUGGAUCUCCACAGCGUGAACCGGUUUGACUUCCACGGGUCCAUGGUGGAGAGGCUGAAGGAUCGCCUCAUGCAGCAGGUCUCCAGUCUGGUGUCGGAGAGAGACACGGACGCCGAGAGUAAAGCCAAGCUGGAGGCCAUGCUGGAGAAGUGUUUCCUGACGAUCAAGAACCCGACACUGCGCCCGGUGGUGAUGCACGUGAUGAAGCACAUCAACAACAUCCCGGAGGACUACCUGAAGAAGUUACUAGAGGACCCAAACCUAUACAAGGAGAGCGCCACGGAGGUCAAGAGACAGAUCUGGAGAAAUAACCAGUCCUUAUUUGGUGACGAGGUAUCCCCACUGUUGAGUCAGUACAUUAAGGAGAAGGACACACUGCUGUUCAGUCUGGAACCUGCCAACUCAAACAACUUCUUCACACCAGCACCAAAGUCUCGUAGACAGGGAGAGGUAGUUCAGAAGCUGAUGCACAUGAUAGGCAGGGAUGUGAAGCUGUACGACAUGGUGCUACAGUUCCUGCGGACGCUGUUCUUACGUACUAGGAACGUGCACUACUGUACGCUGAGGGCUGAGCUUCUCAUGGCACUACACGAUACAGAGGUCCAUGAGAUAUGUUCAGUUGACCCCUGCCACAAGUUCACCUGGUGUUUGGACGCUUGUAUCCGAGAACGCUUCAUCGACGCAAAGCGGGCGCGAGAGCUACAAGGAUUUCUGGAUGGGGUCAAGCGAGGUCAGGAGCAGGUGCUGGGUGACCUGUCCAUGAUCCUGUGUGACCCGUAUGCUGUGAACACUGUAGCCUCCAGCAGUCUAAAGGUGCUACAACACCUGGUGGCACAGGAGUCACUGCCUAGGGAUAGCCCCGAGUUGUCCCUGCUGCUGCGUAUGUUGUCCCUGGGUCUGGGGGCCUGGGAAAUGAUCGACAGUCAGGUCUUCAAGGAACCCAAGCCUGACAAUGAAGUCAUCACCAAGUUCCUGCCUGCCUUGAUGGGACUCAUGGUGGAGGACCAAGUCCGACUCGUGGCCAAAAAACUCUCAGAGAACCACAAAAACAGCACGAUUCCAAAAACCUUUGCCAAGUCCAUCCGCCAGCACGGCAUCGCGGCCAUCCUCACGCUCUAUUACCUGUACAACGUCACCAAGCACCGUAACAAGGACGCCAUCAUGCAUAUCAUACCAAAGAUGACUGACACACACAAUGACUUGUCCCUAGAAGACCCGUUUGUCCACCUGCUGGUGUCCCUACUGAUCAGUAUGGCGGAGGAGUUCUCGUCAGAAGAUUUCUGUAGUGCAGUUUUUGAUAACUUUUUCCUGGUGGUUGCGUCGAGAGAAGGUGUACGCAGACAUCUGCUGAGAUUGCUGUGGUUCCUCCAUCCCAAGCUGCCCACCUCCAGACUGGCCAAACUUCAGACACAACUCGAACCUACAAAAGAGCACUCGGAGGCAGUGCACAAGCAGUUCAGUGCCUUGGCUGACAAAAUCAACUCCUACACCCCCAGCCCUGCCCAUGACUCCCCUGCCCUGGAGUCCCCUCUAAUGAGUGUGCCAACCCCGGCUCCCCUAUAGUAUUGCAUUUACCACUAGGGGUGGGUACCGGUAUAAUGAACGAGU